AUGGGCUUCCGUGGCGUGCGCACCACCCGGCUGCAGGCGCUUGCAGCCGCGGUGGCCGCGACCUGGUGCUGGGGCUGCGGGGUGUUGAGCCAGGCAUGGCUUCUGCCGCAGGCACCUGCCGGCCGCCGUGAAGUCCUCGGCGCGGGCUUGGCAGGCCUGGGCUUGGCGAUAGAGGCUGAGCCCGCUUUGGCAAGCGGCGGAUCAACGGCCGGCAAAUACUCCACGAUCCCGUCGGGGAAGCGGAGGUUCUAUGGGCGCGUGAAGCAAGGCCUCUAUCAGUACUUGCAGAUGGAGCCGGCCAUCAAGGCUGGCAACUUGAAGGAUCCCUUGAUCGAGGAUUUCUUCAGCAAGAACAUCAUCAAAGUGAAGGGAGGCGAAGACAUUAAGAACUGUGGCUUUGGCGCAAAGUGCAAAACGAAGGAGAAGAGGACCUCUCGCUGGCUGGAUUUCAAAACCGCCAGUGACCUGCUGGCUGGAGCUUUCAGAUAUAGUGCUGAGGACAUCCCAGAAUACCUGCCCCAGGUGAAGAUCAUCCGAUCCUUUGCGAAGAAGGUGGAGAAGAUGGAGGCGGCAAUUGAAGCUGGCAAUGCCGAAGAGGCUCAGCAGCUCUAUGCAAAGUCCAAGCUGGACUUGAGCAGGUAUCUUCCGCAGGUAGAGCUCGAACCUCUGGAUUCUCAGGACUACACCCAUCCCUGGGACACGCGUCCAGAGGCCCGUGCUCAGGAGAUCGCUUCAUGGAGCGCAAAAACCUACACGUUCACCUUUGCCAACGAGUCGAACGGAUCGGCCAAGAUUCUGCUCGAGGAAGAUCCGGAAGGUGUUGUGAAGCUGGAGGAGUGGAAAGUUGGAGAUGGCAUCCCGAUCGUUGGAAAGGCCGAAAAGCGCCACUCACGUCGGGUGAGGGAGCUGAAAAAGUCAAUCCUCGCCACCUCCAAGCCGUUUCAGGAGUUCGUGUUGAUUCGAGAUCAGCUGAAGACGGUCCACAUGAGAUCGCCUGUUUGCAAGUGCAGUAUCGCGCUGACGGAGUGGAAUGGAUCUUUGAAGAUUGUGGAAGUUCAGCGGCAAGUUUCGGAGACCGAAACUUUUGUUGUUCAUCCUGGGUAUGCGAAGAGCCCAGGAAUUUUCACUCUCCGUGCCGAUCUUCUCGAGCAUGCACUGCGAGCAGUUGGCUUGCAGCUCGGAUUCGACCUGAAAGACCUGCAAGAUGACGAAAGCGAGAUACCAGACAGCACUGCAUCAAAAAGAACAUCAGUCGCAGACAUGUCGAGCUUAGCGGCAACAACCAUCUCAACUGGCGAAGUUGAGCCUGCCGCGAAGCUGCACGCGAAAGUGGGUGUCAGCAUUGGCAUGGGUUCGGUUGAGGGCUGCCUGUACGUGGAGUACGCAGAUCAGAGCUUGCGUGCUGCUGCUCUCUCGUGCUGUGGUGCUGUGACAAAUGAUGACUGGGGACUUCACCCAGCCUUCUUGGCUCAAGCCGAGGCUUUUGUUCUUCUGACUGAUACAAAUGCCAGGGCCGCUGUGGGUCCAGGUGACAUGUCCAAGGGACACUUAGCGAUAGGCUCCCAUGGAGCCAUCGACACCGCCGCCACCACGGUCACCAGCACCAGAACCGCCUCCCUCCGGUCCGUCACGGGAAAGCCCUUCGCAGUAGCAGAUGAGGCUGAUGAAGCCUUGAAUGCAGGAGCCGUAGCAGCCGCAGAGCUUCGUGGAAAAGGUCAAAAGCCACAUCAGCAAGCCAUCGCCGCAGCAGACGCGGCGACCCGAGCAGCCAAGGCUGCCGGUAGGCCCUUUGAGCAGGUCGCCUUCGCCUCAGCGAAGGCAGCAGCCCUGGCCGUGCAGACGGCAGGUGGCUCUUUACAGCAGGGCUGCGUGGAAGCUGGACGUGCGGCAUCCUACGCUGCGAAGUCCGAGCAGACCGUGGCGAUUCCUGCGGCAUCGAGCAACGCCGCCUUUUCAGCACUGCGGUCCAUGGGCCUGCCAGACGGCCAAAUGACGGAGUGCCUGGCGCUUGCGGUAAAGACAGCCUGCAAAGCAAACGGCACACAGCCAGAGUCCCUGGCAGAGUGCGCUGGGUCCACGGCCAUGGCGGCAGCACAACACGCAGGAAUGACGGAAGAUGAGCAAGCCGAAGUCGCCGGAAAGGCAGUACAGGUCAUCACGGUCGUCACCGACAGCCCUGAGCCAGAGGCUGUGGAGACCACAGAGAACCCGGAGCUGCAAGUCUUAAUCAGAGAAGUGGAGGAGGCAAAGAAGGCUGCGCAGGACGCCGCAAUUGCGGCUGGCAUGGCCCAUGUAGAGGCUGAGAAGGCCAAGGCUGAGGCGAAGGUCUCGACGACGACGUCGCCGCCGACGACAACAGUGCCGAGCAAUGCGACCUUUGAGACGGAGGUCAUCGUCACAGAGGCUCCCAAGCCUGCAUCUGCGACCGCCGCACCUUCCAUAACCACUCCCGCCGCACAGAACAUGGGUGGUGUACAACCUGAGUGGGGAGCCCAGACGUUGCGCAGAUGUUUGCGUUAUGUGGGCUACAGUGCCACGCCGAUUCUGCACUCCUGCCUCGUUCGAUCCAUCAAGGACCGGGUGCCGGACGAGUGUUGCUCCGCGAACGGUGCCGAGAACAUGGUGGGCGCGACCUUCCAGGAGCUCUACUACUCCAACGAAUAUGGCACCUGUCCUACCCUCACCUUUGCUGGUCCGCUUGCUGGUACCAGGGUCAAGUUGCAGUGCAACUUUGACAACACCAUCACAUAUGGAGAAAGCAGAUGUGGGGCAGAUUGCAGCUGCGCCUUCGAAGACGUCUAUGGGCCAGGGUGCUACAGGGCAAGCGAUGCCCUGCCGGGUACUGCCUGGUUCUUCAUGACGGCUGGAUGUGAUUGUACUGAUGCCAAGGCCGUGCAGCCGCAUCAGUUUAGCUUGCCACCCCUUGACCAGAACGUGAGAGCUGGGGACAUCUUGAAUGUUGGACCAGAGGAAGCCGCGAAGGCGAUGAACCGACAGCGCCAGCAAUUGCGAACAUUCCACGAUGAGAUGGUGAAGGACGAGCAG